GCUGUACAGAUGCAUGUCGGAUGUUGAGUAGUGGAACGAGGCCCUAUAAUCGAAUUUGAAAUAUUGUUUUCCAACGUUAAAGCACAUAUUUGAAAACGCCCUCGGGUAUCAAGAAAUAAGCAAAGAGAUGAUACCACAGUACACCCAUUUUGGUUCACAGGGUGCGAGGCGGCGAGUGUGGUCCCUGCACAUGGGCGGCUCACACACCUGAUGACGGAGAAGCAAGCGAGACAUGCCGAGGGAGGGUUAUCAUGUGUACCGGAAACGCGCGGCAGGAUGUGAGACGCAAAUCGAAGGAGGAGCGGCAAGAGGUGCUUUUUGCUAGAACACUGAACACAAGCACAUGGACCAUGCCUACUGCUGUUUCCAGUUACGAGAGCUAGACGACAUACACAGGCAGAUAUAGGGGGGAAGGGUCCCCUGCAUGCACAGAUGCAUGUGUGUGUGUGUGUGUGUGUGUGUGUGUGUGUGUGUGUGAGAGAGAGAGAGAGAGAGAGAGAGAGAGAGAGAGAGAGAGAGAGAAUCUGAUGUUAGGUUUGGUUUUGUUUCUUUUGUUUUUCUGCGUUUUCCAUUCACUUUGAUUUCUUCUUCCUUUUUUUCUUUGACUCCCGCUCCGGACGUUUUUGAUAUUUUCAUUUUGGUAGUUUCCUUGCCUGGAUGAUAUAUAGCUGUUUUGCAAGGACGAGAGGUUAUGGGUUUAAGUCCCUUAGCGUCCAGCCCUAGAUGUUUUACCAUGGUCCGGUGGCUCUAGUCGUAGGUUCAAACCCCUGGGUUUACUAGCUAGUUGUAGUCAUGUCUGUGCAUACUGUCUGUUCUGUUCGUCCCCCCAGUUCUGCACACAAGAGAAUAUUCGAUGAAUUCAGUCCCAGCAGGCCUCGGUUUCGUUUCAGUUCGGCUCGGUUCAGUCCAUUUUCAAUUCCUAUUAGCAAAGGGUUUAGUCCGUAACACGAGUGGCAGAUGGCUCAGAUGUGUGAUAUGGUCGUUGAAGUCGGGGAUGAAGACUCUUUUUGUGGAAGAGGCACUACAACUCGUGCGAUGAAGGGUCAAUGAAGUAGAGUUCUAGCCACUGGUUGUUUGUGGAUGUGCCCAUUGAAGCAAGACGUACGUGGAGAAGACCUUGUUUAACGAGAAUGAUUAGUGGGGACCACUUUGUGGACGAAACGAGGGCGCUAUGCGUGGACCACCUGGUUUAACUCAGGGGAUAUGGUCUGUGGGGACCACUUUGUGGACGACCUGGUUCAACGAGGGCGCUACGCGUGGACGACCUGGUGAACUCAAGGCAUGCACUCCAUGCGGGGACAAACUUCGGUGAAUGAGGACUGCUCGGCAACCGCCUGGUUCAACCCAGGGGAUGUGGUCUGUGGGGACCACUUUGUGGACGACCUGGUUCAACGAGGGCUACGCGUGGACUACACUGUAAAACUCGAGGCAUGCUCCGUACGGGAACAAACGUGGGUAAACGAGGACUGUUUGUGAACCUCCUGGUUCGAUGAGGACUAUUUUGUGGACCACCUGGUUGAACCUAGGGGAUGGUCUUUGGGAUCACCUGGUGGAACGAGUGCUAUGUGUGGACUACCUGGUUCAACCCAAGGGAUGGUGGAACGAGUGCUAUGUGUGGACUACCUGGUUCAACCCAAGGGAUGGUCUGUGGGGACCACCUUGACUUUGUGGUCCACCUGCUUCAUCAAGGACUAUCUGUGGACCAUCUGGUUCAACACAGGGGAGGUCUGUGGGGACCACUUCGUGGACCACCUGUUCAGCAAGGACUAUUUCUGGGGUUGCCUGGUUCAGCCCAGGGCAUGGUCGUGAGAACCACUUUGUGGACCACACCACCUGGUUCAACGAGGACUAUUUCUGGACCACAUGGUUCAACCCAGGCGAUGGUUAGUGGGGACCACUCUGUGGACCACCUGGUUCAAUGAAGACUCUUUGUGGAGCCCCCUGUUGUUACCCAGGUGAUCGUUAGUGGGGACCACUUUGUUUGGCUAUGAUAUGACAGGGCAUUGUUGCUGAAUCCAUGAACGGAUUAUGUCGCCGACGUCAAUUUCGAAGUUCGGUCCAUUGCGCUGGCAUUGGCGAAGUCGAACGAUCCAGGUGGGGACCACUUUGUGGAUGCGCAUAGCGUGGCCGAACCAUGUGGGGACCACUUUAUCGGAUCCAGCAACAGAUGAAAGUGAAUGUGGACCAUGUUGUUUGGUUGUGAUUGUUCUUCUUUGCGUUCCUCACGUCUCCUUAAAUUGGGCCCAUCAGAUCCAUGAUUGUUUCUCGUCGAAUCGGGCCCAUCAGAUCCAUCAAGAAUCAAGAGCACGCGUCUGCCGAUCCAUCAAGAGGACAUUAGGUGUCUGUGUGUGUACCACCUGGUUCGAUUAUUAAGAACUAUGAAUGUUCCUGGACCAUCAGUUGGACCAAGGAGGACCAAGGGUUACCUGUGGGUUGACCAAGAGUGAGUUGAGAUUGAACUGAGGGCACCCAAGGGUUAAUCGUGGACCACGUGGUGGUCCACGCAUGACCUGGUUCGACUAGGAAUGUCCGUCGACUACCUGCAAUCGACCAGUUGGUGCACCAAGCGGACGUUUCGUGGACCCCUUGGUCCAUGAUUCGGAGUCCCAUUUGGUUCGAAUGAAGUUGAUCGCAUUUGGUUCGAAUGAAAUUGAUCGCAAAUAUAGGAUUAUUGGUCCCUUGACGGGUCCAAUAAUUGGUGUGUUGACGACUCCGAUAAUUUUUCACGCCUGCAGACAUAACCCCUUUUCCUUCCAUCCAUCAUCAUUUGCAUUGUUCAAGGACAAGACACUGUUGAAAUUGUGGAAACUUGGAGAGCAAGUGUGUGCGAGAGAGAGAGAAAGAGAGAGAGAGAGAGAGAGAGAGAGAAAGAGAAGGGGGAGGAGGGAGUUGAUUCUGGGAGCAACGGUGGGGUCGUGUUGGAGGAAAUGUCUGCUUUUUUUUGUGUGUUGCCAACCAGAAGUGCCGCUGAGCUGAGUCGGCGCGGACUAGCUUUCGGGUUUUUCGCUUGUGAAGUGGAGUUCAUUAGUUUUGUGAAUGUGAAUGCCACAGACAAUCGUCAAUGUAGGACGUUCAGCUAUGAUGUCAUGGAAUUGAGGCCAUCAGAUCCAUGAUUCAAUAGCACAUUGUCGCUGACGCUGAUUCCGGCACAUUAGAUUAGACGCGGACCUGGACGAGUCUGAAAUUGUCUUCUUAGAAGAAUGAGAAAGCCACAGAGAAUCUUUGUUCUUCAUAUUCAUAUUCCUUCCACCCUCCUAGACUUUCUUCCUUCCGCCGCCUUCCUCUUCCUCCUCUUCCUCCUCUUUCCUCCUUUUUUUUCUUUUUCCUUCUCUCUCUUUUUUCUUUUUCCUGUUGCAGGUGCUGGUCUUGUUUUCUUCCUUCCACUGCCUCCUCUUCCCCGUAAUUUCUCAUCACUAUCUUUAUUCUUCUUCGUCCAAUGCUUCUCUUUCUCCUCUUCCUCUUCUCCUCUCCUACCUCCUCUUCAGCUUCUCCUCUCCUACCUCCUCUUCCUCUUCUCCUGUCCUAACUCCUCUCCCUCCUCUCCCUCCCCCUUAUCUUUGUUGUUGCUCUUUUCUUGUUGCUGCUGCUGCUCAUUGUUUUUGUUGCUCUUUUCCUGUUGCUAUUGCGGC